AUGGACGACUUGAUCUUCAAGACGCGCGACCGAAUCGGGAACCACUGGGCCGACAUUGCGCGGCUUUUGCCGGGCCGCACGGACAAUGCCGUCAAGAAUCGCUUCUACUCGACGAUGCGUCGCCGACUGCGCCAGCAGCGCGCGAGUGCGCGGCAGAAAUCCUCGAAAGACGACGAAAAGAAAGAGCCCGAUGGCCCGUCGUAGGUCGACCCACCCUGCCAUCACCCCCUUUUGCUUACUAGUGUCGUUGUUGUACUAAUUCUACUACCAUCGU